UCUUCAAUCAUCUCACCAAAACAUUCAUCAACUCAAACCCAAAAAUGCCACCCAAUUCCCACAUCUUCAUCUUCUUCACCAUUUCAUCACUCAUCAUUACUGUUUCUGGGUAUGGCUCAACAGGCACAAUCGCUGCAGCUUUUGGCGAAAACGGAUUCUUCUGCGCCAUUGACGCAAGUGGGAAGCAAGAAGUCAUCUGUUGGGAUAGAGGAAACACUAACCGAUCUUUAAACCGACCCCCAGGUGAAAUCUCCGGUUAUUCUCCUCCAAUGACUUCACUUUCCGGUGGUGAAGGUUUUCUCUGCGCCAUUACGUCGAACACUUCGCGUGCGUAUUGUUGGAACCUUGAAGAUCCUUCUGAGAAUCUUGUUCCUCGAGCUUUUCAGUAUAAUUCUUACUUACAGAUCGCUUCUGGUAACAAUCAUGUUUGUGCUAUAAGUGGAUUGUACUAUUCAGGUCCUGAUUAUGGUCCUGUUCAUUGUUGGGAGUAUAGUGAUAACACUAAUUUCACUUCUGGUGUUCUUUGGAAUUCUUCUUUUCAUAAUCCUUAUAUAGAUAGUCUCAUGUUUCGUAAGAUUGUUUCUGGAGAUGGGUUUUCUUGUGGUGUUACUAAAGAUGGAGACUUGGUUUGUUGGGGACCAAAAUCAAACCUUUUGAAUUUCUCCAACAAUGAAGAAUUCGAGGUUUUAGCUUCUGGGAGGAACUCUGUUUGUGGUGUCUCUAAAGAUUCAGGUAAACUUCAAUGCUUUGGAGAUGAAACAGAGUUUGGUGUGUUACCGAACCGGCCUCGGUUUAUCGCUCUUUCAGCUGGUGCUAAUCAUUACUGUGGUAUCCGUGAGGAUGAUCAUGGGGUUGAGUGUUGGGGAAGAAACUUGAAUUCUUCGUCGUCAUCUUCAGCUCCUAAUACUUCGGGUUUUGUGGCGAUUUCGUCUUCGGAUUCUACAACGUGUGGAGUCAGAGAGCUUGAUUUGGUUCUUGAUUGUUGGAGAGUUCAUGAUUCUUCGAAAGCGGAUUAUAGUCCUCCUUUGGAGUUAUGUAGCCCCGGGAUGUGUUCGCCACGCGGUAAUUGUGGUGAUGGCUGGUUUGCUUUCAAUGCAAGUAUCUUGAAAGAAUCUGAGCUUACUAGCUUGUGCUCGUUUCAUAACCUCAACAUUUGCUUACGCUGUGGAAUCAGUUGCUUGGAAGGCUAUUUUCCUUCCAGCACUUGUAAUCCAAAUGCGGACCGGGUCUGUACUCCUUGUUCACUAUGUCAGAACAGUUCUUGUUACGGUAUCUGUAAGAUUCGGGUUGCGAAAUUGAAGGAGCAUGAGCAGAAAGAGCAGAGAGAGGUACGGAGAUUGGUAAUCAUCAUUGGAUGCUCUGUUUUAGGAUUCUUGGUGAUGUUGAUUGGUUUGUCUUUCAUUCCAAAGAUGACAAAAGGUAGUAAAAGAGAUGAUGAAGAGAGAAGCAAAAUGACUUGUUGCUUCUGUUUCGAUAAGAAUUCUGUCGAAGCUGAUCCUGAUCCUGUCCCUCAGUCGGUUCUUCUACCAACCGCUGUAUCUCUCGGGGAGACCAAAAUCUUCCGUCUUUCGGAGCUCAAAGAUGCGACUCACGGAUUCAAAGAAUUCAACGAGCUGGGAAGAGGUAGCUUCGGGUUUGUCUACAAAGCUGUUUUGUCUGAUGGGAUACAUGUUGCUGUCAAAAGAGCGAAUGCUGCAACGAUCAUUCAUUCUAAUAACCGAGGUUUCGAGUCGGAGCUAGAGAUUCUUUGCAAAAUCAGACACAACAAUAUUGUGAAUUUGUUAGGAUACUGCUCUGAAAUGGGGGAACGGCUUUUGGUUUAUGAGUACAUGCCGCACGGUACGCUCCAUGAUCAUCUCCAUGGAGAUCUUUCACAAUUGGAUUGGAGCAUGAGAUUGAAGAUCAUGUUGCAGGCUACAAGAGGACUUGAUUACUUACACAACGAAGUAGAUCCUCCGAUAAUUCACAGAGAUGUGAAAACGUCCAACAUCUUGUUAGACGGUGAAAUGUGCGCAAGGAUUGCGGAUUUCGGAUUGGUAAGCUCGAAUGAAAGGGAUUCAAGCAAUAGUGAUAGAGAAGGUGAUGUGUAUGACUUCGGUAUUGUGCUUCUUGAGAUACUAAGCGGGCGGAAAGCUAUCGAUAGAGAAUCUGAUCCUCCCGGGAUAGCGGAAUGGGCGGUUCCUUUGAUCAGGAAAGGUAAAGCAGCGGCGAUUAUCGAUAGGAACAUCGGUUUGCCAAGAAAUGUAGAGCCUUUGCUUAAAUUGGCUGAAUUAGCUGAGCUUGCUGUGAGGGAAAACCCCAACGAACGACCCAAUAUCAAAAAUCUACUGAGUUUUCUUGAUCUCAUCGUCAAGUCUGGACUCACUUUUUAAGUUGCUGAAGCCUCUCAAAAUGUGAAAUAUAUUCAGCAAUAUUGUUUUUAUUUCUCCUUACAAAUUGUAUGAUAAAUUGAUUAUCAAAGUAAUAAACCCACUGAUUUGUU